CUCCAAAAUGAUGCUGAGUCCGGACCAAGCCGCCGACUCGGACCACCCCAGUUCGGCGCACUCGGACCCGGAGUCGUUGGGCGGCGCGGACGCCAAGGUGCUGGGCAGCGUGUCGGACCUGGAGCCGGUGGAGGAGGCCGAGGGCGACGGCAAGGGCGGCAGCCGGGCCGCGCUCUACCCGCACCCGCAGCAGCUGAGCCGCGAGGAGAAGCGCCGCCGCCGGCGCGCCACGGCCAAGUACCGCUCGGCUCACGCCACCCGCGAGCGCAUCCGCGUGGAGGCCUUCAACCUGGCCUUCGCCGAGCUCCGCAAACUGCUGCCCACGCUGCCCCCGGACAAGAAGCUCUCCAAGAUCGAGAUCCUGCGUCUGGCCAUCUGCUACAUCUCCUAUCUCAACCACGUCCUGGACGUGUAG